GCAGCUUACUUUUCCACGCAAUAAGUGUCUACAGACAUCUGCAGCGCCGCCAGUACCAAACACGGCAAAUGAUGGAACUCGUUGAGCAUAACGAAUGAUAACGAAGUAGACGUAUCAAGUAGCUAUAUAUUAUACCAUAUGAGAUAUAUAAUAACACGGCAAUUACAAACAAGAAAAUAAUAAAUAAAAAUGAAAUACUGUGUUGUCCAUUGGUGCAAUAAUUCUAUUCAUAAAGAGAAAAAGACAGGAAAGCAUGUGGCUUUAUUUGCAUUUCCAAAAAAUCUGGAACAUCGUACAAAAUGGGUGAAAGCAUUGAAAAAUGUGGCCAUAAAAACAAAUAGCACUGUAUGUCAAGAACAUUUUAAUGAAACCUGUAUGUACAAAACUGAAUUGUCAUCAUUACGCUUGUACGAAGGAUCUGUACCAUCUAUAUUUCCACAUGUUUCUAAUUUAAGCAUAACAGAAAGUAUACACUGUAACGAAAACAAUAAUGCAUCUUCUGAAGUAUUGAUGGAAGAUGAAUCAACAAUUGGUUCUCAUCAAGGACAAACACAAGAUGAUAUGACAUAUUCAACAAAAACCAAUACUGUGGCGUCAAGUGAUAAAUGUUUAAUAAGAUAUCCAGGAGAUAUUACAACCGAAAAAGUGGCAAACAUGUCGUCAAGUAGUUUAAGGAAGUUUAAUUAUUAAAUUAUUAAAAAAGAUUACUUGCGAAACAUGUCUUUAUCUUUUUAACGAAUGUACAGUUAUGAAGUCUACAUUCAUAGAAAGAAAAAGCUGUGGAUAUUUACAUUAUCCACGAGAAGAUACAUAUAAACUCAUUGUUGCCGCUGAUAAAGUUUUUAAUUUUUAUAAAUUACAGAAUAAUUUGUAUAAGAAAAAUGCAUGCCAAGAAAUAAUUAUAAAAACAAUACGUAAUAUUGAUAUGGAUAAGAAUGUUAUAUACAGAUUCUUAUGAAUUAUGAAGGGAAAUUAAUGAGCCAAAAUAUUGAGUACAUCAGACAUCAGUUUACAAAAAUUAUUUUAUUCAAAGGAAUGAAAAGUGCGAUGAUAGUUCUAAUAAUGGCCGUGUUUGGUACUGGCGGCGCUGCAGAUGUUCAUAGAUGCCCAAAGUCAUUGCUAGCAGUCCAUAGUUAUAUAGU